AUGAAUGACAAUUGUCAGAGAUUGCUUGAAUUUUGUACAUACCAUAACCUGUGCAUCACCAACACAUUCUUUGCCAACAAGCCAUCCCGCAGGGCAUCUUGGAGACAUCCAAGAUCUCACCACUGGCAUCAGUUGGAUCUCAUCAUCACACGAAGAUCCUUUCUGAAUUCUGUCCAACUGACCUGUAGUUACCACAGCAUGGAUUGUGACACAGAUCAUUCACUAAUAAGCAGCAGGGUGAGGAUUCUGCCUAAAAAUGUCCAUCACUCCAAGAAAAUGGGCCGACCACACAUUAACACUGCCAGAACCUCAGACCCUACACUGCAGAAAUGUUUUGCUGUUUGUAUCAAGUUUGCCCUCAGUAGCUGCCCAUCCUCCUCUGCUGAAAGUAGGUGGAAUUAUAUUAGGGAAGCUUCAUAUACCACAUCAAUAGAUACUUUCGGCAUGAGUGAAAGGCAAAACCCAGAUUGGUUCAGUGCUGUGCUCUCAGAGCUGGAACCAGUUAUCGAAGCAAAGCGCACUACUCUGAUGCAAUGCAAGAGUGAUUCUUCUACAAAGUCACACCAAGAACUCAGAAAGGCAAGAAAUAAUACCCAACUGACUGCCAGACGCUGUGCAAAUAGGUAUUGGCAGGAAGUUUGUCAGAGUAUCCAGUCAGCUGCUGACAGUGGCGACAUCCGUGCGAUGUAUGCCGGUUUGAAGAAGGCCCUCGGUCCAUCCUCAACCAAGCCAGCCCCUCUGAAAUCAACUACUGGAGAUCUCAUCAAGGACCAAAGCAAGCAAAUUGAUAGAUGGGUGGAGUACUACCAGGAUCUCUACUCACGGGAGACCACAGUCGCUGAGGCUGCAAUCAAGGGUGUCAAGAUCUUGCCGGCCAUGUGA